AUGGAUUUCCCCAGUUUCACUAAUGCAGUUGAGGAUUAUCCUGUAUUGUUUGUGGAGCGCUGUGAAGAGUAUUUCGCCGUUCAACUCCUCAGCGAUGAAGAAGUAAUUGCUGCUCUCACUGCUGUGUUAAGAAGCACUGCUAAGGAUUGGUGGAUAGCAGAAAGGUGGAAAAAGGACAUGACCGAGAAGGAAUUGAUUCAAGCAAUUCUAAGAAACUGCAAUCCACGUUUAGCUAGUUUACUUCGUGGGACGGUUAAAGAUGUGGGGGAAUUGGUGACUCGUUUUUGCCUGCCUCAGCUUCUGCCCCUGCUGAAGCACACCAUGUCCUACCUGCAUGAGAUUUUUGAGUUCUAUGAGGAGAUCCUCACCUGCCGCUACCCUUAUUCUAGCUUCAAGACCGUCUUUGUGGAUGAGGCUUAUGUGCAGGUCUCAUCAUAUGCAUCCAUGAGUAUUUUCAGUACCAACCUCCUGCACAGUGGUAUGAUUAUAGAUCAGACUCCUAUGACCAGGCGCUGUCUGGCUCAAGCUCUGGCCCAGCAGUUUUUUGGAUGCUUCAUCUCUAGGAUGUCCUGGUCUGAUGAGUGGGUUUUAAAGGGAAUUUCUGGAUACAUUUAUGGCCUCUACCUGAAGAAAACCUUUGGAGUCAAUGAGUAUCGUCACUGGAUUAAGGAGGAACUGGAAAAGAUUGUGGAGUAUGAGCUCAAGAUGGGUGGAGUCCUGCUACAUCCCACCUUUUCUGGAGGAAAAGAAAAAGACAAUCCAACACCCCACCUGCACUUUUCCAUCAGACACCCCCACACAUUGUCCUGGGAGUAUUACGAGAUGUUCCAGUGCAAAGCCCACCUAGUCAUGAGGCUCAUUGAAAACAGAAUUAGCAUGGAAUUCAUGUUGCAGGUGUUUAACAAGCUCUUGAGUCUGGCCAGCACAGCCUCAUGCCAGAAAUAUCAGUCUCACAUGUGGAGCCAGAUGCUGGUGUCCACCUCUGGAUUCCUCAAAUCCAUUUCCAACGUAUCAGGGAAGGACAUCGGACCCCUCAUCAAGCAAUGGGUAGACCAGAGUGGGGUGGUAAAAAUUUUGGGAAGUUUUGCCUUCAACAGGAAAAGAAAUGUUUUGGAACUAGAGAUCCGUCAGGACUACACAUCAUCUGGCACACAGAAAUAUGUGGGCCCUAUUAAAGUGACCGUGCAAGAACUGGAUGGGUCAUUUAACCACACAUUACAGAUAGAGGAGAACAGUCUCAAACAUGACAUUCCGUGCCACUCCAAAAGCAGAAGGAACAAGAAGAAGAAAGUCCCUCUGAUGAAUGGAGAGGAAGUUGACAUGGACUUGUCAGCCAUGGAUGCUGACUGUCCUCUGCUGUGGAUCCGAAUCGAUCUGGACAUGUCCAUCCUACGGAAGGUGGAGUUUGAACAGGCCGAUUUCAUGUGGCAGUACCAGUUGCGGUUUGAGAGGGAUGUGGUGUCCCAGGAGGAGGCAGAACUGGAAAAAUUUCUCACACCAGCCUCACGACUUGCUCUCACUGAUAUUUUAGACCAAGACCAGUGCUUUUAUAAAGUCCGCAUGCAGGCCUGCUUCUGUCUGGCUAAGAUUGCUAAUUCCAUGAUGAACACCUGGAGGCCCCCAGCCAUGAAGUCUCUUUUUACACGCAUGUUCUGCUGCAAAAGCUGCCCGAAUAUUGUCAAGACCAACAACUUCAUCAAUUUUCAGAGCUACUUCCUGCAAAAGACUAUGCCUGUGGCCAUGGCUCUGCUCAGAGAGGUUCAGAAUCUGUGUCCCAAAGAGGUCCUCAACUUUAUACUGGACCUCAUCAAAUACAAUGACAACCGGAAGAACAAGUUUUCUGAUAAUUACUAUCAUGCUGAGCUGAUUGAUGCCCUGACAAAUUCACUGACUCCUGCCAUCAGCAUUAAUAACGAGGUGCGCACAGUGGACAACUUAAACGCAGAUGUUCGCCUGAUUUUGGAGGAAAUCACACGCUUUCUUAACAUGGAAGAACUGCUGCCAAGCUAUCGUAACACCAUAACUGUCAGGUGUGUGGUCUCUUUACAUGCGUUUU